CGUGCACACCAUCCGUCAAGUCGAACCAGUCUCAAAAAUGGCGCCCACCCAGAAGACCCGCAAGCAGCGCUCGGCGCUCCAGGACGUCGUCACCCGCGAGUACACCAUCAACCUGCACAAGCGUGUGCACGACCUCGGCUUCAAGAAGAAGGCCCCCAAGGCCGUCAAGUCGGUCACCGAGUUCGCCCAGAAGGCCAUGGGUGUCAAGGACGUCCGCAUCUCCCCCGCUCUCAACCAGGCUCUCUGGGCCCGCGGUGUCCGCUCGCCCCCCCGCCGUGUUCGCGUGCGCCUCGAGCGCAAGCGUAACGACGACGAGGGCGCCAAGGAGAAGCUCUACGUUGUCGCGUCGGUCGUUGAGGGUGUCACUUCGUUCAAGGGCCUCGAGACCGUCAUUGUCGAGGGCGACGAGUAAUCUUGUCCUGGGACUCGGGAUGGGUAGAUGACGGGGGUGUAGGCUGUAGCCCGGCGUCAUGACAUUCUUCAGCCGUGUACGACUGAUCUUUUGGCGCUCCCGGUGGCGCGCGUUGCAACGUAGAGGCGGAGAGGUAUUGAGAGAUAUUGAGAAGGAAUUGAAGCUCACGAAAUCGGUGGCAGCUGGUGAUAUGUUGGGGAACCUUGGGGAGCGCCCAGUGAUCAUAAUCAGAGGUCGCGAGUGCCGUUGGCAUCUAUCUGUGCCAUGACGCGGCUGCAAGAAGGCCAGACGACCUUCGCGGUGUUCUGAUCGUGCGUAGGAGCGGCUUCGGAGGAGCGGGGUAGGAGCGGCUUCCACCGGUCGUAAUAUUGAAGGUCAGGCACGGGAAAAUCUUUGCCUCCAUAUGCAUGCCCCA